CAACAACAACAAUCCACACACCAGAUCUAUAGUUUAGUAGCCCUUGUGUAAAAAGUUACUUUCACUUUCUGCAGCGGUUCAACAGCGACACUCUGUGGCUAAAAGGUGAAGCAACAAAAAUAGUGUGCUGAUGGUCUCACAGUGACGAUGUCAUCAAAGAAUGUUUAUAAUUGAUUACAAUCAAAUAUAAACAUCAUUUGAUUAAUUAGUUAAUUCAUUCAUUCAUUUAUCAAUUUUAUUUAUUUAUCAAAAGUAAUUAAUUAACUAAUUCACUUUUGAUGAAUACAUAUAAUUUGAUAUAUUAAUUCAUUUAUCAAAUGAUGGUUACAAUCGAAUUAUAAUCAGUUGCAACCAACAAACUAAUUGUAAUCAUCCUUUGAUGACAUCAUCUCUGAGCAUCCUUUGAUGACAUCAUCUCUGAGCACCCUUUGAUAACAUCAUCACUACUGUAACACUACUAGGUCACACGCAGACACAUCACAUCUACUGUGAACACCAACAGGGGAGGUCUUGAUAAACCACUCUCAGCGUCUGACGACAUGCUUUCCCGUUUGUUUAAAAAUAAGUACCAACAUUGGUCUAAGGAAUCCCUUUUAGAAGAACUGCAAAAGUUUAGCGAUGAAAACACUGAACUGAAGAGAGACAUUGUUUAUGCCAAAGUCAAGCUGCAGGAAAAUAUUGCAACUGCAGUGACAGCUGAAACGUCGGCCUUAAACACAAAAUUAUCAGAUGUAAAUAGAGAAUUUGAUCGGCAUUUGGCAAACGCAUCAGAACUAACCAAAAGAUACAGCAGGCUUGAAGAUGAUUACAGAGACAUUAGCGAUAAAUGUAGAAGAGCUGAAAAGAAACUCAACGAAUUCAAAUCCACCCAUGAAGCCAAUGAGAGUUUGAAGUUGGAAAAUUGCCGUUUAAAAUAUAAAAUUUCAGAGCUUAAUCGGUACACUGAAAGACUUGAACAACAAAAACAGGAUUUGGACAGUAAAGUGCAGAAUCUCACCGAUGAUUUAAAAGAGAAGCGAAGACAAGUGGAGGAAUUAGAGUCAUCUUUUCAAAUAGAAAAGUCGAACUACCACAAGGCAAUGACUGAGGAGAAACUAAGACAGAAUGAAACUAAAUUUCACCAUUUACAGGUUAAAGUGAGAGAUCUUGAAAAUGAUUUGAUGAUAUAUAAGAAACAGACAGCUGAAAAGGAGGAAACAAUACAAGUUUUGACUGAGAAAAACCUGGAUCUGACAGAGAAAAAUAACUUUCACAACGAUUAUUGUGCAAGUAAAAUGAAACUCAUCCAGACACAGAAAGACGAUGAGAUGGUCAAUCUGAAGUCCACGUUGACAAGCUGUCAGAAAAAACAUCAGAAUCUUCUCAAGGAAACAGAGACAUAUAAAGAACUCAUAACACGCCUCAAAGCCAAUUGGUCAAAUGCUCAAGCAGAAAUUCAGCGAUUAGAGAUUGAACUCAAGCAACUCAGAAACACCACUUCAGUGCAGAUGAACCAAAAGAACGAGGAGGCAAAUCAGCUUAAAACGAAAUGUUCCACAUUGCUUCACCAGAUCCAGCAAGUUAAAGAGAACUUAGAGCACUCAGAAAACGAAUUCUUGUUUGCUCGAAAUGAAAGCAGAGAAACCAAAAACAAAAUGAAAAAUAUGGAGAAACAGAAUAAGGAUUUAGCCCGUAAACUCGAGGUUAAGGAGCGGCGACCUACAUUGCAAAGAGAACAGCUACAAGAGGCGAAACUCACAGUAAAAGACACUAAAAAGUGUGAAGUACAUGAAAUUAGAAUUGGGGAAUCAGAAAAUAAACGCACAAAGAGAAACUUGAAGCUUUAUGCGAAAAAUCCUGACCAAACAACGCAUCAUUCCGUCGACCGCCUUCCAUCUAUUCAUGAAAACAGCUCAAAUAAAAAACCUGUCCCAAGAUACCCUGGACCCUAUAAGGUCCUUCCACCUAUUAACAGCAGUGAGUCAGGUCCAGUAGACUUCCCCUUCCCACGACCGCCUAAAUUGAAGAAGAAAAAGGGCAUGCUUAUGGUCAAUUUAUAAUCAUUCAACAUAGAAACAAGUCAUGAGACUGAUGUAAAUGUUUCACCCCCACAAAUUAUAUAUCAGAACGCCCGGCUCGACCGUGGAAAGUGUGUUAUUUCUUUUCUAAGUGAUCGGAUUUACCGUAGGGAAGUUAUUUGCAAUAAAUACAUCGUAACAUCUUUCAUUUUGAGUGUAUGCCACUCUUAACUUUCAUAACUAUUCAAUUCAAUAUGUACAUUAAUUAAUUAGAUGGCAGGCCAGCAUAGAGGCAUUUUUACGUGAGCAUAUUGUGCCAGCAGGCAGGUCCCUUUUUUAAUUUCUUCAGGGAUUUUUA